AUGGCUCGACUGUACGCUCAUAAUCCCAUGGCCAAUUGUUUCCAAUAUUCGAGGACUUGUGUCCGCAUGACACUGAACCUUCCAUCAGAAUCCGAGCAGAGGCCCAGGCGAAGUGUAGAGCUCAAUCUGAGAGACAAAUUAAAUGAAAAGUCUCUUUUAGGCCUCUAUGCCAUGAAUGGUGGAGAAGGGCCUAAUAGCUAUGCCCAGAACUCAUCUUACCAGAGAGGAGUAUUAGAUGCUGCAAAACCAAUCAUCGAGCAAGAAAUAAUUGCAAAACUCGACACCAAACGACUCUCCUCAACCCAAACGACAACCUUUCGAAUUGCCGACUUUGGAUGCUCUACCGGACACAACUCGUUCCCAGCCAUCCAAAUCAUCACACAAGCCAUUGAGAACAAAUUCCAAAUGGAGGGACCAACAUCCAAAACCCCAGAUUUCCAAGUGUUCUUCAAUGAUCAGGUUAUGAACGAUUUCAACACCCUCUUCCACUCACUCCCGCCCGGGAUAAAAUACCACGCUGCGGGUGUACCCGGGCCAUUUCAUGGCCGACUCUUGCCAGAAGCCAGCCUCGAUUUUGGUUACUCAUCCUGCGCCCUUAACUGGCUGUCCGGUGUGCCUAAGGCGGUGGAGAACCGUAUGUCCCCAGCUUGGAAUAAGGGGAGAGUUCAUUAUACGGGAGCAGGAAAGGAAGUUUUUGAAGCCUAUUCAAGUCAUUAUGCAAAUGAUAUCGGGUCGUUCUUAAGAGCUAGGGCGGAGGAACUUGUGGGUGGAGGGCUCAUGGCCCUACUCGUGCCUGCAGUCCCCACCUUUGAGAUCUCGGGGACGUCCUACACGACCCCAACUGAAAUGGAUCUCAUAGGUUCUUGCCUAGUGGACAUGGCAGAGAAGGGAAUAGUCAGCAAGGAAAAGGUGGAUACGUUCAACUUUCCAUUGUAUUUUACUGUUCCACAAGAACUAAAGGCAAUAAUAGAGAGGAACCAAAGCUUCAAUAUUGAAAGGAUGGAAAUACUUAACAAUCCAGGGAAACGCACCUUGCCCAGCGCCAAUGCACGUGCAACAUAUCUCAGGGCCGUCUUUGAAGGAUUGGUGAUGAAUCACUUUGGAACCCAAAUCAUGGAUGAAUUGUUCGGUCGGUACACGAAGAAGCUGGCGGCAUCACCAUUGUUCCUAAAUCCUGACAACGAGAAAUCAAUAAUAAUAUUUGUCCUCCUCAAGCGCAAAGAAGAAUGA